AUGAAUUCUCGAAAUAAUUUCAAUGUUGCACCUUUAUUUUCGUGGCCACAGUUGUCUCCCACUGGCAUCGUUCUUGAAAUAGGGAGUUUAGGUAGCUGCUCUUACGGAGAGAGUACACCACGAAAUAUAAGUUGGAAUUGCAUGAACGAGGUCCAAACUUAUAAUGGAUUUGAUAUAAGACAAAUUACAAGUAUCACGCAAAUAUUUCCACAUACGAGACGCUAUUAUCCUGAUAUACAAUAUAGAUACCCUAUUGCAAAAAGAUCUUCCGCGAAAUCCGCUCAAAUUUUAAAAGAUUCCUAUCCGGAAUUCGAUAUUUCACAAGAAUAUAUCGCUGCUACCUUCUUAGAAGAAUCAUACAAUGAAAGCAAUUAUAAAAUCUUUGACCCUUAUAUGAGCAAUGAACUAAUUUCCGUUGGAAGUUAUGAGUUCGGUCCUGGGAUGAUUGAGAAAUUCAUGACUCUUCCAAUGGGAACUUCCGGAACUGAAUUAAAUUUUAUUCCUUUGUCAUAUGAUAACGCUCUCCGAGAUUCGAAUUAUAUUGUAAGUCAAUAUCAACCAGAUUUGAGUAACAUAUCAACAUUAAAUUUCAAGACUCCUAUAAAGCAAGUAUCAUCCUCAAUAUAUGAAAAUACUCCUACCAUAAACAAAAGUCGUGAUAAUACUUUUAAUUGUUGUCCUUCUUUAUUGGCAAUUCGUACAAUGUCUGGUACUACUUUCUUGAAAAUAAUAAAUACGGGGUCGGAAUUAAAAGCGAUAGCUUUGGAUAGCAUAAUACACGAAGACGACCUUGAGCACAUGCAUGUUACAUUCAAUCCAAUGAUAUAUGGCGAAGCAGCUAUCGUGGAUGGUAAUGGUGGUAUCCAUUUAUGGAAAGGAGAAAGGCAUGAAGAUUAUUCAAAAUUCUUUAAAUAUAAUUUCAAGACGGUACAUAGAUCUCAAAUUGACGUAGAUUUACCUUUUAAGGAUUUAUGGAGGACUUGCGUGUAUGGUGCACAUCCCCAAACUCUCAUUGUCGCUUCUCGAACUAGUGCAGAUAUCUUUGAUUUUAGGAGUAGAAGCGUUACAUUACCUCAAAAUCUUUUUGGUGUUAAUAAUAAAGAUAAAAUAUUUUCAUUUCAAAGAUCACCCGUAUCUAAUGCAUAUGAAUUUGCUUUAACCACACAAAACGAUGUUAUACUUUUGGAUCAGCGAUUUUCUAAAAGACCAAUGCUUACGUGGGCACAUCACCAUAGCAGUCCUCCCAGUGGAGUAAAUAUUAUAACGAAAAAACAAACUUCAAUGGUUUUAAUAUGGUCAAAGAAUCCCCCUACUAUAACAUCAUUUCAAUAUUUAACUUCCGCUUCCGGACCUGUAAUAUCUACCAAUCAGCCUGUUUCAAUUCCACCUUUUACCACGCAUCCGACAUUUUCUCGAUCGAAAUACUUGAGGACGCCUCAUGCAAUACGAGACGAUAAGAUCACGGAAGGAUCGAUUCAACAGCAUAAAUUACCCCCACUUUCGAGCGUACUAUUACUUGAGAAUAAUGUUUCCUCAAGGAAUUCUACCCAUUUGGGUUCUUGUUUUAGUAUUUUUCAACUUUCUCAGACUGGUGCUUUGUAUUCACAGGUUUUUCAAGCUAGGGCUGAAACAGAUUCCUUUAUCCAGCAAAGUGUACCGUCAAAAUUGCAAAUUAGCGACAUGCCAAAUUCAAUAGCUUCCCUGCAUUAUUUAGCAGACAUGGAUGUUGGUACUACGCCGGAAUUACGUGUGAAGCAAAAUCAAAGUUGGUCUUUUGAGAAAUUAUGGAAUUAUAUUUCUAAAGACUUUAAAUGUGAAUCUUCCUCGAAUAAUAUUUCUCCUUUUGUCCUUGAAACCGGUGCCUUAUUUUUUUCAUGGGAAAGCGUGGAAAAUUAUUUUGAACAUUAUGGGCAUGCGUAUGGCUUUAAUUGUCAGAAAAGGUCCAUCAUAAAAGAUCUUAAUGGGAAUGUUCGAUCCUUAACUUAUGCUUGCAUGGAAGCACAAACCGCAAGGCAUAGGAUAAUGAUGCUCUGUGAAUGGAGAAUUACACUUUCAUCUAUCAAAUCAAAUGAAUGUUUUAUUGUAACCGAAUUUAUAAACCAACAUAAUCAUGACCUUUUUUCGGCAUUGUAUAAUUCUGAAGGAUGUAGAUCACGGAUUGGCGACGACAUAGAUAUGGGAGUAAUUUCAACUGAGGAUUCAAUAAAAGAAGCUCUUAUGAGUUUCGAUACACUGCAAGAAAGCUAUACGGACCCUUUUGCAUUCCUUUUGAAAAAGUUUUAUCAUGAUAAUCGUUUGAUUGUAGAUAACACCGGACAUCCUUUAACAUUAUAUGAAAUAUUGAGAAAUAUACCAAACUCUCACAUUAAUGGAUCCGAAGCUCAAAGCGUUCAACAAUUUUCUGAAACUUCAAAAUUUAAAAAGGAUUCAUUAGAGUUGUUUGUUGAAUGGUCUCUCUUCGAUGUUAAUUUGUUAUUUGAGCAUUUAUGGAAUGAAGAUCUUAAUUCAGCUUUAACCAUUUCUCAAAUAUAUGGAUUUCCGAAUAUUAAUGUAACUAAAAAUCCUGCCGAUAUUGAGAAAGAUAUUAAAUUCUAUUUACAGAAAGCAUAUCCAUUAUCCGCUAAUAAAAGCGGCGUCCUUGAAAAUACUGAUGUCGAUGAUCAAAUCAAACGCAGUCGCCAAAAUGCUAUCGAUGAAGUUUCAAGAGAUCUUGUCGAAUGUUCACAAUCUUUUAUUUCGAAACCUCAGAAGUGUUUGAAAUUUUUAUUAUCUUCAGAUCUCCUUCCAGAACAAAAUUCAAUAAAUGACUUAGCAAAUUCUGAUAUUUUUACGAUUAAAUGUAAAAAACCAAUUAACGAUGAUGGAUAUGUAAUGUCAACGGCAGCACAAGAAUUGUUUGAUGAUUGGAUUAUAGAUCAAAAUCUCGAAGAAUAUGACUAUAGAUUCCUCGAAGAUGUUAUUGAAAAAUCAAAAACUUCAAUAAGUAUUUUAGAAACGGAACAAGAGGAAGCAUUACUUAAUGAAACGGAAAAUCCUUCUAUAGGAAAUAUCGAAGGAUAUGAAUCUACAAAUUUCAUGGAGAAUGAGGUUUCGAAUCGAGCAGAAUCUUCACGGAUAACGUUGCAACCUGCAUUAAAUGCUUCUGAGGGAGGAGGUUUGAAUAAAAUAUUGGAAAAGCCAAAAAAGAAAAAACGAAGAUCUGGUUUCCGAUAA